CAGGAUUAUUCAUCUACUUAAACCUCCCAAAGGAAGAGCGACACUGCAAGAGGAAUAUUGUUCAUCAAAAUUAAAUGGCCACGCCUUCCUUCCAUGUCUCCAUGACCCUUGUAAUCCUUACCUUGCUCAGCCUGAACAAAGAAGUUAGCACUACAACUUACCAGAUUGCUUAUUCCUGUUCAAACACACUUACUUUCACUCCCAACAGCACCUACCAGUCCAAUCUCUAUCAACUCCUCUCUUUCCUUUCCACCAACGCCACACGUGAAGACGGUUUCUACAACACCACCGUUGGCCAAAACGCUUCGAACCUUGUCUAUGGCCUCUUCCUAUGCCGUGGCGACCUCACCACCCAAAACUGCCAAGAGUGUGUGGCCACUGCAACCCAAGAUGUGAUUAAUCAGUGUCCGAUAGAAAAGGAGGCCGUGAUCUGGUACGAAGAGUGCAUGAUACGUUACUCAGACCAAUCUUUCUUCUCCACCUUGAACACAAUGCUUAAAAUUUACGUUCCUAGUCGGAAAAAUAUUUCUGAUCCAGAUCAGUUUUACAAAUUAUUGAUGUUGACAAUGAAUGAGUCGGUAAGCCAGGUUGCGAAUGCCAGCACUGGUGCGAAAAAGUUUGCAACUAAAGAAGCUAAUUUUAUGGGGUCUCAAAUACUCUACACCCUUGAGCAGUGCACGCCAGACAUAUCCAAUUCUGAUUGCAUUAUAUGUAUACGGGAUGCGAUAUCAGUACUGCCGAUAUGUUGUAGUGGACUCCAAGGGGCAAGAGUUCUACUUCCUAGCUGUAGAAUCAGGUAUGAAAUUUACCCGUUUUACCGAAUGCUCAAUGCAAGGACAUCACCGCCUAUGCCAGCAAUUAUUCCUCCUCCUCCUCCAGGGAAAAGAUCAAUCUUAUUGCUCACAAUUAUUCCUAUUGUUGCUCUGAUUUCUGUCUCUGCGGUGCUCUUCAUUAUGAUCUACUACUUCCUUUGUAGGAGAGCCAGAAAAGAGUACAAUGCUAUACAUAAAGAAAAUGGGUCCUUGCAAUUUGAUUUCGCUACAGUUGAAGCUGCCACUGCCAAGUUCUCAGAUGAUAACAAGCUAGGUGCCGGUGGAUUUGGUGAGGUUUACAAGGGUACACUCCCUAAUAAACAAGAAGUAGCUGUGAAAAGGCUAUCAAAAAGGUCUGGACAAGGUGAAGGAGAAUUUAAAAAUGAGAUUGAAUUGGUUGCCAAGCUUCAUCACAAAAAUCUUGUAAGACUAUUGGGAUUUUGCUUGGAAGGAGAAGAAAAGAUACUUAUUUACGAAUUUGUGCCCAACAAAAGCCUUGACUACUUUCUAUAUGACCCUCAAAGACAAGGACAACUAGAUUGGUCAAAACGUUACAAAAUUAUUAAAGGGAUUGCUCGAGGAAUUCUUUAUCUUCAUGAGGAUUCUCGACUAAGAAUUAUACAUCGUGAUCUUAAAUCCAGCAAUGUUUUGUUAGAUGGGGAUAUGAAUCCAAAAAUAUCAGAUUUUGGCUUGGCGAAGCUUUUUGAAACUGAUCAAACUCGUGGACAUACUCGUAGGAUUGCCGGCACACUUGGUUAUAUGCCUCCAGAAUAUGCCAUACGCGGACAAUUCUCUGUAAAGUCUGAUGUGUAUAGUUUUGGUGUCUUAAUUCUAGAGAUUUUAAGUGGCAACAAGAUUAAUUCUUUCUAUCAAUCAGAUGGUGGUAGAAACCUUUUAAGCUAUGCUUGGAAGCAUUGGAGUGAUGGAACGCCCUUAGAAUUGUUGGAUCUAACUUUGAGAGAUUCUUAUUCGGCAAAAGAAUUCAUGAAAUGCCUCCAAAUUGGCUUACUAUGUGUUCAGGAGGAUCCAGCUAGGAGGCCAACAAUAGCAUCCAUAGUUCUUAUGCUAAACAAAUCACGUUCGGUUAUUUUUCCAUCACUUCAACAACCAGCAUAUUGUAGUGGAACACAUCAAAACAUGCCUUUAGAGUCUGUUAAUGAAACACCGAUGACUGAUGUAUCCCCCCGAUAGUGUGAGAAGUAAGGACUUCACUAGAA